CAUUGACGGCUUGCUGGUCUACUUCCCCUAUGAAUACAUCUAUCCGGAGCAGUUCUCCUAUAUGCUGGAGCUGAAGAGGACGCUGGAUGCCAAGGGUCAUGGAGUCUUGGAGAUGCCGUCAGGGACUGGGAAAACGGUGUCGCUGCUGUCCCUGAUUGUGGCCUAUCAGAGGACUUAUCCUCUGGAAGUGACGAAGCUGAUCUACUGCUCGCGGACCGUCCCGGAGAUAGAGAAGGUGGUGGAGGAGCUCCGCAAGCUGACAGACUACAUACAGGCCCAGACCGGGGACAAGAUCAACUUCCUGGCUUUGGCCCUGAGCUCCAGACGUAACUUGUGUGUGAACCCAGAGGUUAGCGCUCUCCGCUUUGGGAAGGAGAUUGAUGGGCGAUGCCACAGCCUGACGGCUUCCUUUGUGAGGGCGCAGAGACAGCGGGACCCCAGCCUCCCCUCCUGCCGCUUCUAUGAGGAGUUUGAUGCGAUCGGCAGGGAGUCUCCUCUUCCUCCCGGGAUUUACAAUCUUGAUGAUCUGCGGACCCUGGGGAGGCAGCGCGGCUGGUGUCCAUACUUCCUGGCCCGCCAUGCUUUGUCUCAGUGUAACGUCAUCGUGUACAGUUAUCAUUACCUCCUGGACCCCAAGAUCGCCGACCAGGUGUCCCGGGAGCUCGCCAAGAAGUCCGUCGUCGUCUUUGAUGAGGCUCAUAACAUUGACAACGUCUGCAUCGACUCCAUGAGCGUCACCAUCACUCGCCGCAGCCUGGAGCGCUGCCAGAGCAACAUCGACACCCUCAACUCUGCCAUCCAGAAGAUUAAAGACAGUGACGAGCAGAGACUGAGGCAGGAGUACGCCCGCUUGGUGGAGGGGCUCCGCGAGGCUACGGUCGCACGAGAGACGGAUGUUUACCUGGCCAAUCCUGUGUUACCUGAUGAGAUCCUGCAAGAGGCAGUCCCCGGCUGUAUCCGCAACGCUCUGCACUUCCUGGGCUUCCUGCGGCGUCUGGUUGGAUACGUCAAGUCUCGUCUGCGUUCAGGACAUGUGACCCAGGAGGGUCCGGCCGCCUUCCUGCGUGACCUCUAUGAGAAGGUCUGCAUCGAACGCAAACCGAUGAGGUUCUGUGCGGAGCGGUUGCGCUCUCUGACGCGGACGCUGGAGAUGGCCGAUAUCACGGACCUGUCGCCUCUCACCCUCCUCACCAACUUCGCCACCCUUGUCAGCACCUACACCAAAGGAUUCAUGAUCAUCAUUGAGCCAUUUGAAGACCGGACGCCAACGAUUAGUAAUCCCGUCUUACAUUUCAGCUGUCUGGACGCGUCGCUGGCCAUUAAGCCGGUGUUCCAGAGGUUCCAGUCGGUGGUCAUCACCUCUGGGACUCUCUCCCCUUUGGACAUCUACCCCAAAAUCCUAGACUUCCGACCUGUAACCAUGGCGACGUUCACCAUGACACUCGCCCGGGUUUGUCUGUGUCCAAUGGUUGUCGGCCGAGGAAACGAUCAGGUAGCGAUGAGCUCCAAGUACGAGACGAGGGAAGACCUGGCUGUCAUGAGGAACUAUGGGAACCUUCUCCUGGAGAUGUCCGCAGUUGUCCCUGAUGGGAUAGUGGGGUUUUUCACCAGUUACCAGUAUAUGGAGAACAUUGUGGCCUCCUGGUAUGAACAGGGAAUACUGGAGAACAUCCAGAGGAACAAGCUGAUCUUCAUAGAGACCCAGGACGGAGCAGAGACCAGUGUGGCCCUAGAGAAGUAUCAGGAGGCCUGUGAGAACGGACGAGGCGCCAUCUUACUUUCUGUCGCUCGGGGAAAAGUGUCUGAAGGAAUAGAUUUUGUCCACCACUACGGCCGAGCUGUGAUCAUGUUCGGGGUCCCCUAUGUCUACACCCAGAGCCGGAUACUGAAGGCUCGCCUCCAGUUCCUGCGCGAUCAGUUCCACCUGCGGGAGAACGAUUUUCUGACGUUUGAUGCCAUGAGACAUGCUGCGCAGUGCGUCGGCCGAGCCAUCCGCGGUAAGACGGACUACGGGAUCAUGCUGUUUGCAGAUAAGGUACGUGCAGCGCUCCAGGCAUGGCGCCAUUUUAUGGAAGCUCAUCAGGGCAGGACUCCUGGACGGGACGGUCUCUGCUCACGUGUGCACGUGAUGAGGCUGCUGACGGGACGGUCUCUGCUCACGUGUGCACGUGAUGAGGCUGCUGACGGGACGGUCUCUGCUCACGUCUACAUGUGAUGAGGCUGCUGACGGACUGUCUCUGCUCAUGUGUGCACGUGAUGAGGCUGCUGACGGGACGGUCUCUGCUCACGUGUGCACGUGAUGAGGCUGCUGACGGGACGGUCUCUGCUCACGUCUACAUGUGAUGAGGCUGCUGACGGACUGUCUCUGCUCAUGUGUGCACGUGAUGAGGCUGCUGACGGGACGGUCUCUGCUCAUGUGUGCACGUGAUGAGGCUGCUGACGGGACGGUCUCUGCUCAUGUGUACACGUGAUGAGGCUGCUGACGGGACGGUCUCUGCUCACGUGUGCACGUGAUGAGGCUGCUGACGGGACGGUCUCUGCUCACGUGUGCACGUGAUGAGGCUGCUGACGGACUGUCUCUGCUCAUGUGU